AUGCCUCCUGUAGAUGUGGGGCUGGGGCAAGGCCGCCUGGCCGUCCGGUCAUGCCAGGCGCCGCAGCUCUUCUCUUCUGCUCUGCCCGGCGUGCCCAGGACGGGCACGGGAGUGAGCCGCCUCUGUUCUGGCCAGACAAGCCCCUCCGGACGCCGGCCUCGCCGGAAUCCCUGCCCCAUGGCCUCCCCCUCCCCCGGAGGACGCUGGGCAGACUGGCGCCUCCGGUGCAGACUCGAAAGCCGGACUGGUUCCGUGGUGACCUGCCAGCUCCCCCCAACCAGCCUGUCUCUCCUUCAGGCAGGCAGGCAGGCGGGCAGGCUCCCUGAGGCCACGGAGCAGCUGCCCCGGACGAUUCUCCAGGCGAUGCAGCCCCAAGGGGCCACCGGGGUGAACCAGCUGGGGGGGCUGUUUGUGAAUGGCUGCCCCCUGCCCAUCUUCACCAGGAAGAAAAUGGUUGAGCUGGCCUCCCGUGGGCUGCGGGCCUCGGACAUUUCUCGCCACCUGAAGGUUUCCAACGGGUGUGUCAGCAAGAUUCUCACCCGCUACUACCAGAGUGGAGUGAUCCAGCCAAAGGCCAUGGGAGGCAGCCGGCCUCGCACAUCCACCCCACAGGUGGUGGCCCGGAUUGCCCAGCUGAAGCAAGAGCAGCCUUCCAUCUUUGCCUGGGAGAUCAGGAGGCAAUUGAGUGCAGAGGGAGUCUGCGUUACCAACAGAAUGCCCAGUGUGUCAUCCAUCAACCGCAUCCUGCGGAGACUGCAGAGGGACUCGGCUUUCCCAGACCCGUCUGCUACCCUGGCUGAGCCUCUGGCAUCAGGUCUCCCCUUGCUGAGGAGGGGGCAUUCCACGGGCUUCUCAAAGGCCCCAGAGCCCCCACCUGCCCAGGGCCUGCCGGAGGGAGCCGGGGGGCAGAGAAGCAGGAACAGAAGGGCCUUUUCUAAGCAGCAACGGGAAGCCUUGGAAGAAGAAUUCCAGAGAGGGCAGUACCCAGGGAAGGCAAGGCGGGAGAAACUCUCGGCUGCGACUCAGCUCCCCAGUGCCACCAUCCGCGUCUGGUUCUCGAAUCGGAGAGCAAGGUGGCGGCGGGAGACCCCGGAGGCCCUGCGUGCCGACGGCCCAGGGGCCUCCUACUUCGCACCAGCCGCCCAGGGUUGGGCUCCAGUCCCGUCGGCCACUGUGAGCGCUGCUGAUCUCUGCAACCAGCUGAGUCCCGCGCCUGGCCCAGAAGCCCACAACUGCCACGCCUUCCCUCUCCACCCAGGAACGGUACCUUGUCUGCACCUGACCUCCUCCCCACCUGGUGCCUGGACUGAGCCCUUCUGUGGGUUGGCGGCGGGAGGGACCCCCUGCCCCACCCACCUCGGAGACCAGCGCUGGCACGGCCCUCUGCGGAAGCCCUGCCUCCCUCUGCCAUCCGGUGCCAUGGAACUCCCCGCCCUGUGA